AUGAAUCCCCUCGGUUCUCUGACCCUGAAAUCCCAGCACACAGCAUGUCUGCUGCUCCUGGUGGCUAUACUGUAUGUGGAAACUACAUUCUAUCUAAUUUCAGCCCUGAAGGAUUCGUUGGAAUUGGCGAAGCAGCUGGUUAUAAAAUUAAGUCCGCUAUCCCAAAAGAAUGACGAUAUCGUCGCCGCCAGUAACCUAGGCAAGUCGAACCAUUUUAUGGGAGCAGAAAGCCAAGAUCCCAUCGACCAGUCUAUUGUUGAAUUGCUUGGAUCUUUGUCCAUGACUUCUUGGGUUUUCCUUGUCGGGCAGGUUGCAAUCAUUACCUUUGCGCUAGUUGGUUUAUACCUGAGGACCCUGACUGGAAUUUUUAAAAAUGAAAAUAAUGAAGGAACGAAUGAAGAAAAGCUAUCGCAGCUUAAGCCUCGCGCUUCGUCUCAUUCUAGGCCAAGUCGAAGCCCCAUCCUGAUUGAACUCACGACCUCGUCGGAUGAGGAAAAUCCAGAGUCUCUGCCACUUUCAUUGGAAAAAGCCAUUAAGAUGAAAAAGAAUUCCGAGGUGGUUAGCUUUGUGCGCCUUGUUGGAAGAAAUACUGAGGCUCAAGAACGUUACGAGGAACUUCUCAGAUGUGCCGUGUUAGAGAGCAACGAAUUCGUACUCCGCUUCCUGCUUGAGAACGCAAUUGACCAAAACGACCCUGAGUUCGACAUGGAGUACUUCCUCUGGCGUGCUAUUCGGUCGGGAAAUAAAGGGCCUAUGGAGGUACUGCUCACCUACACCCCAAAACAUCCAACUAUCGUAACGCCCCUGCUGGACUUCGCAGUAAGGAAAAAUUGUCUUCCAUUACUGGACUCCCUUUGGCCCUCUCACAUUGGGGAAAAAUUCCCAGGAAAAGAAGAUUCACUUUUCGAAGCCGCUUAUCUUGGCCAUAUCGAUAUAGUUAGCUUUCUAAUAAACCGGAUAUGCACAAAUCAAUACUCGCUUGAUUUGGCACUAUAUGGCGCUGUAAUAGGUUGCCAUACAGACCUUGUCAAGAUGCUCCUGGAUCACGGUGCUAAUGCCAACCUGAAUUCCCCUCCCCUCUCACAAUCCUCUCCUUCUCUACUCCAUUCUGCAGCGGCACACGCUAACGUGGAGGUCGUAUCUAAACUUCUAGAUCAUGGAGCCAACAUUUAUUUAGGUGAAAACAAGAAAUCAGGGCCUCUUCAGGCGGCACUCCAGGCGAAAAAUAUGGCGGUCUACGAACUUCUUGUCAGCAGAGGCGCAGGUGAACUAGCCAUUCCUAUCUCCACGGCAGUCCAUGCCCGACAUGCGAAGCUAAUCCUGAAACUGCUGGAGCACGGUGACGACGGCAAAUAUUACAAUGGAAUAUUUGGCUCUCUGCUCCAGAUGGUAUGUGCCAGAGGGGAUGAGGAGAUGGCUAGAUUCUUGAUACGGUAUGGCUUUGAGGUUGAACCCGACAGUGUCCCGGGACUUGGAGGGAACAGCCCUCUAAUGGCUGCUGUGAGUUCCGGAAGCCAUAAACUUGUACGGCUGUUGUUGUCAAAGGGAGCUUCAAUGCAACGAGCACGAUCAGAAUUCGGGAAUGUUUUACAAACUGCGGCUCUACUGGGUCACCUGGAAGUUGCCCGGGUUCUGCUGGACCAUUCAUUUGACGUCAGGGCUCGAUAUGAGCCUCUCCCAGACGCUCUGACGGUGGCGAUACGAAAAGAAAAUCGAAGUAUGGCGUCACUCUUAAUUGAGAAAGGAGCUUCAGCUAGGCGGUUGGGGCCAGCUGAUCGUAAAGCCCUGGAUGUCUUAAUGAAGUGA